CUUCUCCCCGCCUUUUUCUAAGCAGAGGAAACCGCCGCCGGAGGCUGGCAGCUUCCUCCCAGCUGCUUUCAAAAUUGUGGGGUGGCUGUCCUCAUCACCCAUGAGGGCUCUCCACCGCCUCUGCAGAAGAGGACCCCAGCAGAGCUCGUUCCCAUGGGGCUGGUGUGGCGCAGGGUGGCUGCUCUCUUCCUCGUCCUCUUUCUCCUCCUGGGUGUGGGUGCUGGCCAGCGGGUGGUGACUGUCCAAAAGGGACCCCUUUACCGCGUGAGGGGGUCCCACGUCACGCUGUGGUGCAAGGUGAGCGGCUACCAGGGCCCGGCCGAGCAGAACUUCCAGUGGUCCAUCUACCUGCCCUCGGCCCCCGAGCGCGAGGUGCAGAUCGUCAGCACGGCCGACCCCUCCUUCCCCUACGCCGUCUAUGCCCAGCGGGUGCACAGGCGGGAGAUCUACGUGGAGCGGGUGCAGGGGGACGCCGUCCUGCUGCACAUCAAGGAGCUGCAGGACCAGGAUGCCGGCGAGUACGAGUGCCACACGCCCAACACCGACCAGAGGUACUUUGGGAGCUACAGCGCCAAGAUGAACCUCUCAGUGAUCCCGGACACCCUCUCGGUUUCCAUGGGGUCCCAGGUCCUCACCCAGGCAGAGGGGGACGCGGUGGAGCUCACCUGUGAGGUGUCCAAGACCACUGCCCAGCAUACACAUCUCUCUGUCAGCUGGUACCGCCUUCGGGGAGCAGGGGAGCACCAAGCUGAGGAGAUCCUCACCCUCUCCAAGGACUUCGUCUUGAAGCCGGGGCCAUCUUACACGCAGAGGUUUCUGUUGGGGAACGUGCGGCUGGACAAGGUUGGGAACACCACCUACAAGCUCUCCAUCACGGCAGUGGAGCCCUCUGACCAGGGGCAGCUGUACUGCGAGGCGGCCGAGUGGAUCGAGGACCCCGACGAGACGUGGAAGGACAUCUCCCGCAAGCAGACAGAGAAGACAGCGCUGUCAGUCACAACCCAGGACCACGACCUCCACGUGGGCAUCGUCGCCACCAAGAGCACCCUUUCUGAAGGGGACAUCUUGCAGCUCAACUGCAUGCUGGGAGCCCAGAGGAGCAGCAGCAGGUACUUCCAAGUGGCUUGGCUCCUCAACGGCAUGGAAGUGGCCAGGCUUGGCCCCUGCGGGUUGUUGGCCUGGAAGAAGGAAUAUGAGGAGAGAGCCGGGCUGGGGCAGCUCCGAGCAUUCAAGCAAAGCAGCGCAGUUUACGUCCUCGCUGUCUAUGGUGUGGGGCCGAAGGACAGCGGUGCCUACCACUGCUCUGCUUCAGAGGUGAAGGCUCCUGGAGAUGUUCAGAGCAUCCACACCAACCUGUCAUCAGCCAUCAGAGUCGACGUGAAGCCCAUAGGUCUUGGUCUGCGUGCCACGCUGAUAAGCCGGACCGCCACCGUCAGAUACACGCAGAGCUUUGAGCUCGUUUGCCAAGUGAGUGCCAGCCACCCCAUCGAGGAGGUGCUGCUCUCUGUAGGGUGGUUCUUCCAGCCCAACCCACCUGACGGCAGCUACCAGGAGCUGGUGCGGGUCCUUCCCGAUGGCACCGUGUCCUGGGGGCCGGCGCAGCCCCGCUUCCAGGGCAAAGCCCAGCUGAGGAAGGUGGGCGCCUCCUCCUGGCUGCGCAUCCACAGCGUGGUGUCCGGCCACGCGGGGACGUACCAGUGCGAGGUGGGGCUCUGGAGGACCCCACGGGGGCAGCCCACUGCCUCUGCCACCUCCAACGCCGUGGGGAUACAGGUCAUCCUGCCAGAAAGCAAGCUUCAAGUCUCUACGAAGGAGAGCUCCGUGGAGGUAGCUGGAGGUGCCGACACGAGCAUCGAGUGCAGGAUUUUGUUCUCCCAGAACGACUCUCAGUUGGUCGUCACCUGGUACUUCCUACCUCCUCCUCCAGCAGAUGCCACCCCCCUGCAGAUCGUGCGGGCCAGCUACAGCGGCCUGCUGGAGUACGGGGCCGACUUCAGCUCCCCUGCGCAGAGGUCCCGGUUCCUGAGCCAGAGGGUGUCCAGCGAGGCUUUCCAGCUGCGGAUCCUCUCGGCCGGCCCGGGGGACCAGGGCGGGUACCGCUGCCUGGUGGAGGAGUGGCGCUGGCUGGAGGACGGCUGGCGCAGCCUCGGAGAGGGGCAGUCGGGGAGGACCUCGCUGCGGCUCCGGCUGCCCGAGAGCGAGCUGCACCUGGAGCAAGCCAACAGCAGCAUCUCAGCGAGGGAGGGCGAGGAGGUGACGCUGGGCUGCCUGCUGCAGGACACCCACGUGCCCACCGCCCGCCUCUCGGCCUCCUGGUUUCGCGGGGAGGAGGGCGGCCACCCCAGGACCCUGCUCACCCUGCGCCACGACGGCUCCAUCGAGUACCCCCAGGAGGGGCUGGCGGGGAGGCUGCAGCUCCGCCGCCCCACCGCCGGCGACUUCAGCCUGACGCUGGGCGGCGUGGAGGUGGGCGAUGACGGGCUCUAUCACUGCCAGCUGCAGGAGUGGCAGCAGCAGGGCAAGGGGCAGUGGGCGCUGCAAGCCUGGGCGCGCUCGGGGUACACCCGGCUCACUGCCAUCCCCAAAGAGUCAACUGUUUUGUCUACGAUCUGUUCGUCUCCACCAUUGCUGAACUUCAUCCUAUUCUUACCUCUGAUUCUGAUCCUUCUCCUGGCCCUUGCUGGCUUCUGCUGGUGCUUCCUCUCCAGGAAAAGCAAAAGCAAAAAGGGCUGCACCAAAGGAGAAGAGCUGAUGGAACUGAAAGGGGCUGGAGGGGUCAAGCAAACUUAGCUGGCCCAAAAUGGCAGAUGCAACUGGAAGGAGAAGAACUGGACACCUGAGGAGGGAGGACUGAGUACAUGAAGAGGGCCUUUCUUGUUGUUUUUGUUUUACCAUAGCUCAUGCAAUGAAUGUUUGAAAUUGUGUUUACUUUCAGUGGAGUGAGGCAGCUUUGCGUUACUAAGCAAAUAAGGUUUUUGUAACGGGCGUUCCUCUGUUGGGUUUGGAACCCACCCAUUUGACAAUCAGUUCAUUGUUGUAUAUUUGAAGUCCUUGCAGUAUGCAUGUCCAAACAGUCUCAGUGGGGGAGGAAGUAUUGUUAUCACCCUUCAGGUAUAAGGGGAAAAAACAGUUCUUUUUGUACUGGGACACAAAAGCAACAAAUUGCUGCUCAUUUUAAGGUGACUUGACAAAAUCUGUGCAGUGUGCAGCUGAAAAACAUUGGCAGAGCUGGAAAUAGAGUGCUCAUGUCCCAUUUGAGACAUUGCACUUGCCUUUGCCCAUCCGUUGCUGGGGAAGCACUCAGACACUGCUGUCUCCGGGUUCUGAGAGAUCCUGCACCCAAAGAGCAUCUUCUCUGAAAGGAAAUAGAUUUUCAUCACAGAAGGUUGAGCAAGGCUGGCCAGGGCUGAAGAAAGUCCACAGCAGGAGCACCACAGCCUACCACAAAAGAGAAAUCCCAUUGACUUGGUAAGGGACUCGCGUGGAGUCUUGGAUCCCAGAAGGAAGGAGAAGACACCAGGUCAUCUCUGAGCUGUGUGUACAAAGUCUUCCCAGUUCUUUCCUUUGCUGGGACUGCUGUAGGCAGCGGGUCUUCAGUGGGCUGUCUGUGGGUCAGAAGGCUGCACAGCUGGGACCUGGCGUUAGAUACCUCUGGGUUGUGCCAUAUAAUAUAUUGGACCCAAGUGGGAUCUGGAUUCAAGUCCUUCACUUUCCUUACAAUUGGGAAACCUGCCUGCCCUGCAUUCCAAAUACUGAUCAAUCAUUUUUUUCCUUGAAAAAAGCACUUUUUUUUUUUUGCAUAAGUUUGAAGGCUGCUGCUUUCUCUUUCCCUCUUCAGCCACCUCAGCCUUUUCCUGCAGGUCAAUUUUCCUGGACUUCUUGCAGCUUCUCCCCCAGCUGUCCCGACCCCAGCCAUCUCUCUGAUAGCAGCAAGAGCACUUGGAGCUGCACGUAGGGCUCCCACUGGUUCUCUGCAGAGGUUUCCUCCUGCCCUGUGGACUACACACUGUUUACAUAUCCCAGCAGGAUGUUUGAUUUUCUGUGUGUGUGUGUGAUAGUGUGACACUAUUUGUGCUUGGCUUGCAAUUGGCGGGCUGCUCACCUGCAGCUUUGCUGUCCAGCAAGUUGCUUCUCCACUGUGUGUCCAGGCUGUUGACUUUUCCUAUCUAACUGAAGCACCUUUUACACAGGGUUGUUGAACAGCUUUCUGCGCUGGUUUGCUAAGGAUCGUGCUGGCUGUCUGAGUCCUCUCUUGAUAGUGUUUUACCUCAUGGGCCAGUUUCAGUCUGUUUUGGCAGAGAAGCAGAUGCUCCUGGGACAUUUAACUCCUACAAGUUUCAGGGACAAUGAUAGCUAGGUGAAGGAGAAAAAGCAGGUAUGUUUUCCCACCAAGGAAAGGCUGCAGCAUGAAUUACCUUACACACACUGCCUGGUGUCCAGCUCAUAAUCAGGGGAUGUAGGAAGAUGUAGGUAUGCUAUGGGGUGGGAAAAGAAAGAAGGAACCGUCUCUGACCAUCAACUAUUAGUAAUUACUCUGUGCACAUAGUGUUUAUCUACCAGUAUAAUGUUCUCCCUCAUUAUUUUUAUUCAGAUGGUUUCCAUCGCUUGCUUGUAAGCACCUUGGGAGCACGCUUCAGAAGCCUUGCUAAAGUCAAGAACCUGUGAUGUCUGCUGUUUACCCCCUAGAUAGGGCUGACACAAUCUGAUCUUGUUUAAACAGCAAGAAAAAGUUUCUCUUCUUUUUGUUGCAUUCUUCUACGUGCUUGCAAGUACUUUCUUUGUCCCUCUGUACCUCUGAGGACCGCAGAUAGGAAAACGUGGGUGUUCAGUUUCCCCUCUCUUUCUAAAGAAUCUCGCUCUUUUAUUGUUGCUCGGUGUCUCACACCUCCUCAGGCGUUACCCUGGCAAAUCACACACAUGUGGCUUGACACGCCACUCUUUACGUGUCUUAGGAUGAACCUCACCAAGACCAGCCUUCUGCUGAAGAAUCCAGCUUACCUGGUUCAUUACUCUGUGGCAAGCCCUAGGAGCGACCUUGCUGGGUUUGGUGUCCUGCAACCCCUGCUGGCCCCUUGCUCGUUCACCUUGCUGCUCCAUCGCAGGUCCAUGGAAACAUCUUUGCUGGCAUCUAAAGUUCUUGUAAAAAGCUGCAGACCCUACUGUAACAUGAGAUUUUGUGUCUGGCGGAUUGGGGGAAGAAGGUGGGCAGAGAGGGGGAGCUUUCCUCCGCCGCAGGACACCUUUUUUUUUCUGGCCCUUUUUCUCUUGGUUAGCCAGAGGCCUGAGUAGCAGCUUUCCAUUCAUGCAGGUUGAGAGGUUUUAAUUUAGGUCUGAGAACUGUGCCUGGGGCCUUGAUGAAAGGGUCUGUGAGAAGAGUGUGUGUGUUUUUGCAGGGGUGGUUUUUCCUUUUUUUUUUUUUUUUUUUUUAAAUCUGGUUCUGCUGGGUCACAGCCAAACCUUUUGGCUAUAUUUUUUUAAAAUUUAUUUUUUUCCAUGAGUGGACUUAGAGUUGUAACUCAUCACAGUAAAAGCUGCAAAACACAGCCCUAUUUUUAAAGGGAACAUUUCACUCAGCUGAGGUAGAUAUAUGAGUGGUGGGUCAGGAGGAGGGUGCUGAUUUUGCUGCUGGGGCUCUUGGCCACCUUUAGCCACCCCAUCGCCACUUUUUUUCAAGCCUGGCCUCUGAUGUAAACUAAAACAGCUGAUAAAAUAUAUAUUUAGCUGUAAUAACCCUAUGGGGAAAAAGUGUGAUGGUGUAGACUGUGCAGCACAGCACUGCUCCUGUUGCACCCCAGUUGUACCCUUGCCAAGGGACAGUCCUGUGUGAGGGGCAGUAUGCAGUGGGAAGGUUCAUGGUCCUUCGGGUCCUCUUUUUUGGAGUGUUUUAAAGUAUUUUAAAGGAGCUUGAACAGGCUACAAGGCAAUGCAGGGUUGGGUCCAAGAGGAAUGUAUCAGCUGCAAGGGGCUACAGAAGCACAAGGGCUAUGUUGUGCUGGAAGCUUUGGGGUGGUCGGGGUUGCUUGCAGCCAUGCGGUCAGAAAUCAAUAUCAGGCUUUCUUCAGUCCUGUUUUCCAAAAGGGCCAGGAAGGGAGGCAUGGAAACCUUUGUGCAAGGGGAGAGAAGCACUUCCACUCAAAGUGAAGACCUGCAGCUUGGCAGACCCUUGCUCUUCAGAAGAUGGAUGGUGUGAGCGGGGUCAGGUGGGAAUAUAACUACUGCUUUGCCUUCCUGGAAGGCUUUUAUGGCACUUGCCUUUGGAGAGGAGCAAGAACAGUGCUUAAUGGCCACAUGGGCAGCUCGUGCAGUGUGAUGGGGUACAAAGGGUUGCCCGAAUGUCUCUCCCCUGAAGAUGGUUGCACUGAGGGCCUUUUGCUGCAAGCUUGUGAGGAGGGAGGCUGGGUGGCAAGUUAGUUGCCGUGCAGGAACGCUUGCAAGUGGGGUGGUACUUUGCAUCCUCUCAAAAUUUAUGGCUCAGGGUUUCCUCCCUGCCCUGCCCUGCUCCCUGGAAAAAGAGGACACAACAGCAAUGUGCUGCCCUGGUAUUGCCAGGGCAAGGUUAUUGAGGAAGGCUUCCAAACUUUCAAGAAAUGCUUCCAAGCAAAUGAUGUGCAGUUCUCCUGGGAUGCCCCUCUGAAGCAGUAUCUCUUCAUUCCUUCCUAUUAACUUUGAGUUGGUUUUGAAAUUUGACGUUUAGUUUUCUUCCUGUGAUAAAACAUCUAAAAACUGGAAAUAAAAGAUGUUCUGAUCUCUGUUUUGGUCUCACUUUAUGCUAUUUUGCAUUCAAGCUGUUUCCUGCAGUCUAUGCUUGUUUCACGUGUCCUUUGGCCUUGGUCUUUGGCAUCUAAGGCAGAGCAGAAUCACCCCUGGGGCUCUAAACCUUCCUUAACCACUAAGAAAAUGCUGCUUUGUGUCUGCCUGCUGCUGGCUUUUGGUCCCUCUCCUCUGAUUCUCCGCCUCCUCCUUCUCUCCUUCCAGCAG